UCCCCCCUCUGUCUCUCUCUCUCUCUCCCUCUCUCUCUGCAAUUUGCUUUCAAAUUCAAUGGGCGCUCUUUCUUCCCCAUCAUCAAUAUCUCACCUCUCAUUCACCCCCAAAACAUAAUCUCUUUCAUUUCACCCAAACCCUUUUCAUCUUCUUCAUUUCACCAUUCAAAUCCUCCCUCCCCACAAUUCAACAACCAAAAAACAAAAACAAAAUCUCCAAUCCCAAACCCAUUUCAAUCCGAUUCAAGUUUCCACAAUGUCCUAAUAAAACAAUUCAAUUCAAUUCAAUCCCAUUUUUUGGUGAAACAUCCUUUGAAUUUCAUUUCAAUUUCACUGCAAUUCAGCAAAGGCAACAAUCAAGUUUUCGACAAUGUCGGAACAAACGAAGCCGGUUCUGCAAAAACCGCCGGGGUACAGAGACCCAAACGCCCCGGUCUACCCCCGCCCCAGACCGCCCACCAAAAAACCGGUCCUCCCACUCUCUCUCCACCAGAGGAAGAAGCGCCGCCGCCGUUGCCGCUUCUGCUGCUGCUACGCCACCGUCAUCCUCCUUCUCCUCCUCCUCCUCGCCGCCGUCUGCGGCUGCUUCUUCUACCUCUAUUACCAGCCUCAUUUCCCUGUUUUCUACCUCCAAUCCCUCAAAUUCUCCCGGUUCAAACUCACCUCCGGUCCAGACGGCCCUUCCCUCAGCUCCCAAGCGGUGGUUCGGAUAGAGGUGAGAAAUCCUAACUCUGUUUUGAGGUUGAAUUAUGGGAAAUCGGUGGUGGAAUUGAGCGGAGAAGGGGUGGAUUUGGGGACGGCGAAGAGGCCGGAGUUCAGGCAAGGGAGGAAGAACACGACGGUGUUGAAGUUCACGGUGGCGGUGAGGAAUGUGGUGGUAGAGAGUGGCACUGCGGCGAAGAAGCUGAAGGGAGGGGUGAGGAAUAAGAGGGUGGUGGUGAGGACGGAGGUGAGGACAGGGAUUGGGGUGGCGGCCGACUGGUGGAGCUCCGUGAAGGUGGGGGUUAGGGUUUUGUGUGAUGGAGUGAGCUUGAAGAAGGUUGAAGCUGGUGCUGUCCCCAAAUGCAGCGUCUAUAUGUUCAAAUGGUUCAAACUGUAAAUCCCAUACAAAAUGUAUGUUUGUUCAGUUUUUGGAUGAUGCAGUUGAUGGAGAAAGGUUGGUGUUCUCUCUUAACAUUUAAGACUACACUACUGCAUUGUAUAUAACUUCAUAUUUAUCAUUGUUACAUUGCAUGAUCCUUUACUUCAUACGCAUAAAAAAGAAAGUAGGCGAAGAAAAGAGAAGUGGAGAGGGUAUCAUUCAUAGCAACCUAGCUUUUGUUCGCGGAAAUGUUGGCUCAUGGUGCUUUAUGGGGCAAUAUAUAUUUAUAUUCUUUGUAUAUUGUGAUGAAUUGACAAACUAUUUAUUUCUGUUUUUUGACGGAAUCGUGUUCAUUAAUCAAAUUGAUGUCUUUUUUAGGUUAAUUAUUUUCUUUUCUUGUUGAGAAAAAGAGGGGGAAAGAAUUGAAGUUGUAACGUCUUGUGGUGUGAAACAAUGAAAGGACAACCUUUGUGGUUGCCUUUGAAGGAAGGAUACUUGCUUUUUGUAUCCAGAAAUAUAUUAAGAUGUGCCAUCUAAAUUGAUGCAUUUAGAUUGAGUUUGUUGAAUCACCAUUUUCACUUGUUUUAUAUUUUUUUGGGUGAUCAAUCACCAUUCUUGGCCUUUUUUAUUUAUUCAUCCAUAAUGCUAUUACUACUUUUGUUCAAUGAUUUUCUUUAAUUUUUCUUAGCUUUUGUAUCCUUUACUAUGUUAUUUUGAUACGCUUACAAAGUGUAAAUUCUAGCUUGGUUUAUUUUUA